UGUAGUUAAUAUUAUUGCUUAGAGAAAAUAUGUUACGUUACUAUUUCUCUCCGGCGCUGAGCCAAUAUAAGGUGGAAGAAAAGCAAAAUGCUUUGAACUCAAAAUUGAAUAACGUAAACAUUACAUCGAUAUCAACCGAAUACUGUUAUUACAUAGAGACUCAGCAAAAUUUACAUGAUGAAGAAUUGACCAAGCUGCGUUGGAUACUCGAAUCUUUCGAAGGAACUUUAUCGGAUGAGACAAAUUUGUUUUGUUCUGGAACGGAUAAAAAUUUCAUUUCAGAAAUCGGACCGCGAUUGAACUUUUCUACCCCAUUUUCGACAAAUGCCGUUUCAAUCUGCAGUUCCAUCCACUUGCCUAUAUCUAGGAUUGAAAGAGCUACUAGGUAUUUAUUUGAAUUUGAUAAUGUGUGUGAUCAAGAGUCUAAAAGCAUCAUCACAUCAUCUUUACAUGAUAAAAUGACUGAAUGUGUGUAUGAAAAUCCUAUUGGUAGUUUUAAACUUGAAUUUACUCCUAUGAAUUGGAAAGAAAUUGAUAUUCUUGGUCGGGGAAGAGCAGCUUUAGAAGAAAUCAAUGUUAAUAUGGGUUUAGCAAUGGAUGAUUGGGAUUUAGAUUUUUAUACUAAAAUGUUUACUGAAGAAUUGAAGAAAAAUCCCACAACUGUUGAGUGCUUUGAUUUAGCUCAGUCAAAUAGUGAACAUAGUAGACAUUGGUUUUUUAAAGGCGAUCUGAUUAUUGAUGGAAUCAAAAUAAGAGAAAAUCUCUUCCAAAUGAUUAUGAAAACUCAAGAUAAUUCCCAUCAUAAUAAUGUGAUCAAGUUUUCUGACAAUAGCAGUGCCAUUGAAGGUUUUAAAGUUCCAGUGUUUUUGCCUAAAGACUCUGAUCAACCUAGCUCUUUUAAAACUAAAUCUGAUGUCCGACAUAUUAUAUUUACUGCCGAAACGCAUAAUUUUCCUACUGGUGUUGCACCGUUUAGUGGUGCUGCAACUGGAACUGGAGGUCGAAUUCGAGAUGUACAGGCUGCUGGAAGAGGUUCUCACGUUAUUGCUGGUACAGCUGCAUAUAGCUUUGGCAAUUUAAAUAUUCCUGGCUAUGAUUUACCUUGGGAGGAUAAAAGCUUUAUUUAUCCUUCAAAUUUUGCACUACCAGUUCAAGUUGCUGUUGAAGCAAGUAAUGGUGCCUCUGACUAUGGCAAUAAGUUUGGAGAGCCAAUUAUAUCUGGGUUUGCAAGAUCGUUUGGGAUGAAGCUUAAACGAAAAGACAAGAAAGGGGUUGAAAUUUGUGAAAGAAGAGAAUAUAUUAAGCCUAUCAUGUUUACUGGUGGUAUUGGUAGCAUCGAUGGGAAGCAAAUUAAAAAGAAGGAUCCGGAAAAGGGAAUGCUGGUUGUAAAAAUUGGAGGUCCAGUUUAUAGAAUUGGUGUUGGUGGUGGAGCUGCUUCUUCAAUCCAUGUUCAAGGUGAUCAAAAGGAAGAAUUAGAUUUUGGUGCUGUUCAGAGGGGAGAUCCUGAAAUGGAACAAAAGCUUAACAGAGUUGUUCGGGCUUGUGUUGAGCAUGCAAAGCAAAAUAUAAUUUGUAGCAUACACGACCAAGGAGCUGGUGGCAAUGGUAAUGUGCUGAAAGAAAUUGUGGAAGGUGCUGGUGCUGUGAUAUAUGCUGAAGAAUUUCAACUUGGGGAUCCUACCAUUAAUGUUUUAGAACUUUGGGGUGCAGAAUAUCAAGAAAGUAAUGCUAUUCUUGUAAAUCGUAAAGAUAAAUCAAUUUUAGAAGGCAUUGGAAUGAGAGAAAAGUGCCCCAUCAGUUUUGUUGGUGAAGUAACUGGAACUGGAGACAUUGUUCUUGUGGAAGAUAGAAAUACACAAGCUGCUCGUAAUCCUGUAGAUUUAAAAUUGUCAUGUGUUCUUGGGUCUGUACCCCCAAAGACAUUUACCCUUCAGAGACAGCAAUUUUCACUGCAAUCUCUAGAAUUACCUACUGACUUGACUCUCCAGCAGGCAUUGAAUCGAGUCUUGAGACUUCCAUCGGUUGCCAGUAAAAGGUACCUCACCAAUAAAGUAGAUCGUAGUGUCACUGGAUUGAUAGCUCAACAGCAAUGUGUUGGACCUCUCCACACACCUUUGGCUGAUGUAGCUGUAAUAUCCCUCUCAUAUUUUGAUACUGUUGGAAGUGCUACAGCAAUAGGAGAGCAACCUAUUAAAGGUCUUUUAAAUCCAGCAGCUGGUGCAAGAAUGUCAGUAGCUGAAGCUCUUACAAACAUAGUUUUUGCUAAAAUAUCAUCUUUAAAAGACAUUAAAUGUAGCGGGAAUUGGAUGUGGGCUGCAAAAUUGCCUGGAGAAGGUGCUGCUUUGUAUGACGCGUGUAAAGCUAUGUGUUCUGUGAUGUCAAAAAUUGGAAUAGCUAUCGAUGGUGGUAAAGACUCCUUGAGCAUGGCAGCAAGAGUAGAAAAUGAAACUGUAAAAGCUCCAGGAACUCUUGUAAUUUCUGCGUAUGCACCUUGCACAGAUGUCAGGAUUACAGCUACUCCAGAUUUAAAGUGUCCAAAUAAAAAGGGUGCAUUAAUACAUGUGGAUUUAUCGAAUGGAAAUUCUCGUUUGGGUGGAACUGCUUUAGCGCAGUGUUUUAAUCAGUUAGGGGCAGAAACACCAGAUUUAGAAAGUGCUACUGCUUUGAGUGAUGCAUUUAAUCUUAUCCAGGAAUUAAUUUCAAAAAAUAAAAUUACAGCUGGGCAUGAUAUAAGCGAUGGAGGAUUCAUUGUGUGCUUACUUGAAAUGGCUUUUGCAGGAAAUUGCGGCUUGGAUGUUAAAAUAAACUCUUCAAAAUCAUUAUUUGAAACAAUGUUUAACGAAGAACUUGGAUGGAUAUUAGAGGUUCGAGAAGAUGAUGUUAGUGAUAUUUGUAAAGCUUUUGAAAAAAUUGAUGAUGUUAAUUGUGUGCACAUUGGUUAUAGUUUAGCACAUGGCAAAGAUACUCAGAUUAGAAUGAUGCAUAAUGAUGAAAUUGUUUUAGAACAGUCUACAACAACUUUGAGAGAUAUUUGGGAAGAAACUAGUUUCCAACUUGAAAUGAGGCAAACUAAUAAUAAUUGUGUUGUACAAGAGAGAUGUAGUUUAGCUCGUCGUAAUCAACCCCAGUUCCAUGUUUCUUUCAAUGUAUCAACGUUAAGUCUACAUACUGGUCCUAGAAUUAAUCGUGUGGCUAUAAUUCGGGAAGAAGGCAUAAAUGGAGAUAGAGAAAUGAUAGCAUCAUUUUUCAUGGCGGGAUUCGAAGUUUGGGAUAUUACAAUGACGGAUUUAUUAACAAAUAAAGUUCAAGUAAGUAAAUUUCAGGGUAUUGUAUUUCCUGGGGGCUUUAGUUAUGCUGACGUGCUUGGCUCUGCCAGAGGAUGGGCAGGUAGUUUUCUUUUUCAAUCUGAUUUAAAGAAGCAAUUUGAUGAAUUCAGAGAUCGUAGUGAUACAUUUAGCCUUGGCGUUUGUAAUGGAUGUCAAUUGAUGGCUUUACUUGGAUGGGUAGCGCCAUAUUCAGAUGAAAAGGGUAAUAAAUCUCAAGGUGUAUCUUUGGUACCAAACAUAUCUGAAAGAUUUGAAUCACGUUUUGUUUCUGUAAAAAUUUUAAAAUCACCAUCUAUUAUGUUGAGUGACAUGGAGAAUUCUGUAUUAGGCGUAUGGGUUGCUCACGGUGAAGGACGGUUUAAGUUCAAAAACACCGAUCAUUUGAUGGAUAUUAAAUCAAAGAACUUAAAUCCACUGAUAUAUGUUGAUGACUGUGGCGAACCAACUAUGGAAUAUCCGAUGAAUCCUAACGGAAGUGUUUACAGUAUUGCGGCUUUGUGCUCUAAUGAUGGUAGACACCUAGCAAUGAUGCCUCAUCCUGAGCGUUGUGUGCUUCCAUGGCAGUGGCCAUGGAUGCCAGCAGAAUGGGAGGGAAUGAAAUCAAUGCCUGCCUCUCCUUGGUUGAAAAUGUUUAAAAAUGCAUUUGACUGGUGCUGUAAAAACAGGACAUAAAAGGCUUUCUGUGUGAACUGUUUCUAGAUUUUUUUUUCUUUUAAUUGUUAGGAAUCCAUUUUAAUGAAAAUUGCUUUUCAAACAUUUCAUUAUGUAAAGUAAAUAAUAUUUGAAAUAUUUUUGAGAUUUUAAUGAAAAAUGUGCUAUGCAUCCCUGAUUCAGGAAAUGUGAUAUAGAAUCCCUAAGUAACGAAAAAAAAAAGUAAAUUCGUUAAUCUAUUUUCAUUUUGAGUAAUCACAUGCUGAAAUAGUUUGAAUAAAUAUUUUUUUUUCAAACAAAUUUGAUUUAAUAAUCAUCUAACACUGUGUUUAUCAAUUUUAUAUUAUAUGGCAUAUUUUGUUUUGUUACUGUAAAAGCACUUAUUUUCUCGCUAAUUAAAGGCAUCAAGGGAUUUUCCUGGUUUCACGUGGACAUAACCAAAAGUUGAAAAAUUUGCUGUCGGAAAAUAAUUUUGCAAGACUUAAAAUUUUCAUGAUUACCAUGGGCUGGUGAAAAUAAGUGCUUUUACAGUACUUCAAAAUCAAUGUUUUAGAGUUUUAAUGAUUGAAAUAUUUAUGAAGUGUACAAUUCACUGUGAUAUUAGGUAUAUUUAAAAUCAUUUUUACCAUACUGUUAUGUUAUAGUUCCAGUAUAAAAAUGUAAAUUUCUGAAAGCAUUUAACAUAUAAAAGGAGAAAGAAAGUGUAAUAAGUUUGAAUGUAGGCGGAAUGUUGUUUAUAUUCAGUUAUUGUGGUUAACAAAAUGUAAUAAAAUACACGAACUGUGAACUAUAAAUAAUUUUUUAAAUUAGUAUUUGAGCCAUUCCACGGGAAAACAGUAAUUUUGUCCCACACGUGAUGCUUCAUAUAUUUCAUUAAAAAUAAUAAUAGGGUACUGAGCAAAAUAUUUGUUGCUGAGGAAAUCACAAACAUAUGUGUGACUUAUUAAGCAAAAAAUUUUGUUAUUACCUCUUAAAAUUGUUUCUCUUCUAUGAAAUAUAGGGAACUGUCAUGUGCGAAACAAAAUGAGUUCUCAGUGGAAUGGCCAUAUACAUAAUUAUUUUAGCGGUUUAACUUAUUAUUUCUCAAAAAACUAAUAAUGUUUCUUUUACUUUGAAAUCUUGACUUUUAAAACCAAUAAUUUAUUUUGUCUAUCGAGGAAAAAUGUUAAGUAAUGCAUUCUGCAAACUGCAGAAGUUGACUUUGGACGUCCCACACGUGAAGCAGUCACAUAAAUUAAAAUUUAAGUAAAAGUUAUUUAAUAAAAAUAAUACAGUGUCAAGAGAAUAUUUGUAUAAAUGUAAAGAUUAAAUAAUGUACUUACUUCUGUUUAGUUAAAAUAUUGAAUUCUCUAACAAAAUGUUGGUGAAAUUAUAGUGUCGAUUUGCCCCGCAAGUAAUGGUAGAAUGGUCCUAUUGUUGAAAAUUUUCUUGUUUUACCUGAUAUUGAUGUAAUGAUUUUUUAAAAUUUAUGACUGAUCCUUGUAUUGUGGUGAGUGAAAUAUGUGAUUUUAAAUAGAUCAUAAUAAGGUUGGAACCUAUAGUUUUUGUUCAUAAUGAAAUAUUCUUUCAAAAGUCAUGAAUACAGUCAACUCUCGAUAAUUCGAAGUUCCAAGGGACCAGCUUAGGCGUUCAAGUUAUGUGAAGUUUCCACAAUAGUAUCAAGAGUUUGGGCCCCAAUAAAAACUUUGAGAUGAAGGAAUAUUCGAGUUAUAAGCAUCGAGUAAUCGAUAUCCGACUGUGCAUGCAUUUUUUUAUGAUAAGGUAUAGCUUUUUGACAAUUUUUAACCCUUCAAUAAUUGUGUCUGGUUAAUUUAUAUUACACAGCAAGAAAAUAAAUGAAUAUUCACAUGAUUCAAUUGUGCUAAUUUUAUAAGCAUAGAAGUGAAAAAUUAGAUAAAGAGUUUUCUCCUCAAAUACGCUUAAAUUUUUUUUUUUUUUGUCAAUACAUUAUUAAGCUAACCAUUUAUUUUCCCCCUCAAAUCAACACGUUUAACUAUUAUUUAUGUUUUUUUAAAAAAGUCUAAUAUUUUUCAAUUUGUGCUAUUGUUGAAAAGUAAAGAAAUGAACUCUUUAAAAAGAAAAAUUAUUGUGUAAUUAAUUUUUUUAUGCAAAAUUUUGUUUGAAUGUAAUUGAUCUUAAUUUUAAAAAAGAAUAAA